AAAUCAGAAAAAUCACAUUCCUUGCUCUAGAGAAGAGAGAACCUUCUUUGGGGUCUUCUCCUAGAAGAAUUGCAGGGGGACCCCCACAUGCCUACCCACCAAAUUGGGUUUUGAUGAUCCUUUCGUUUCGUCAAACCCUUUUUGGUUUAUGACAAUAAUCUCUUAAUCUUAUACACUUUUGUGUUUAUUUGUCCAAAUUUGACUUUGUAAUUGCGUACAAUUCAAGCAUUCCUUCGCUGCCUACAUUCUUAGCGUAUAUGCAUUCUGUUUCUUGUUAUUUCUCUCUAACGCGUCUCUUCGCUAAUCUUCAUUCCUUUUUGGACAUAAAGAUUUUUCGGAUUAGAUUCUUUUUUCACACAUAAAAUACACAAAAGGAUUAUUGCCUGUUAACAAAAGAUUUUAUCUUUUCUUUGUCUGACUCUAAAUUUUGUGGCUUUUCGAGCUGUUUGGAUCUAAUCUAAUCUGGGUUCUUCUGCUUCCGCCAUUUAUUGCAAGUUUUUUCUUGAUUUCUUAUAGAUUGACUUGAGAGCUGAUGACAAGGUCUGAUAGCUCAACAAUGCCUUGUUGAAGAUUUUGCUUGCUAUAGUGUCUCCAUAGUUUCCAAUGAUUUCUAUAGACAAAUGCAAAAUAGUUGUAGUGUUAGUUAUCCUAGAACUGGAAUCAAUAUUUGCAUAUAGCAUAUAAAACGCCCUAAUUAUUGGAUUGCAGGGACUCUUGGAUGUUUACGCCCUUGCGUUACUAUUGUUUAUUUGUGGAUUGCUUUCAACUGCCUUCAGUUUUUUGCUUUCGGUUUGAUUUGAUCAUUUUUUUUUUCAAUGAAAUUCUCCUCAAUUCUAUCAUCUACCAAGUAAACUGAUUUUCUAAAUUUCAUUUUGAGUUGGAAACUGCUUGCCAACCUUUGCUUUAAUUUGUUUAUUCAGUUCUUAAGAAAUCCUAUUUAUCUUUUUCACAUAACAUAAAAUAGAAAUAUUAAGUAGAAUCUGACUCUUGGGUUAGCAUCAUUGUAUGAAUGGUUUAUCUUUCAGGCAAGAAUUUCAUAGACCAUGAGCAGAUGGCUUAACAAAAUUUUUAAAGGCUCCAGUCAUCAUACUUCAAAUCGCCAUUAUAACGGAAAUUAUGGAGAGGAUCCUAAUUAUUAUGCUCCGUCUACUUCAGGGGCUGUGAGGUCAGAGCAGGAGAAUGAAGAUAUUGAUCGUGCUAUUGCAAUUUCCCUUGUAGAAGGACAUCAAAAUAGAAAAUUUGUUACUGAUAGCGAGACUCAGCUGAAAGAAGAUGAAGAACUUGCUAGAGCUAUACAAGACAGCUUGAAUGUUGAAUCUCCUCCUCAGUAUGGAUAUGGAAAUGGAAAUGGCAAUGCAUACCAAGGCAAUUUAUAUCAACCUGUCCCAGUCCAGUUUCCAAUGGGGUACAGGAUUUGUGCUGGUUGCAAUACAGAGAUUGGUCAUGGAAGAUUUCUAAAUUGUCUCAAUGCAUUUUGGCAUCCAGAAUGUUUCCGGUGCCAUGCCUGCAACCUACCAAUUUCUGAUUAUGAGUUCUCUGUGUAUGGUAAUUAUCGUUAUCAUAAAUCUUGCUACAAGGAGCAGUACCAUCCUAAAUGUGAUGUUUGCAAGUACUUUAUUCCAACAAACCCUGCUGGUCUUAUUGAAUAUAGGGCACAUCCUUUUUGGAUACAGAAAUACUGCCCAUCUCAUGAACACGAUGGUACUCCCCGGUGCUGCAGCUGUGAGCGAAUGGAGCCACGAGACACAGGAUAUGUUGCACUUAAUGAUGGUCGGAAGCUCUGCCUAGAGUGCCUGGACUCUGCAGUCAUGGACAUCAAUCAAUGUCAGCCCCUUUACCUUGAUAUACUGGAAUUUUAUGAAAGUUUGAACAUGAGAGUGGAGCAGCAUGUCCCACUACUUUUGGUUGAGAGACAAGCACUGAAUGAAGCCAGGGAGGGGGAAAGGAAUGGCCAUUAUCAUAUGCCAGAAACCAGAGGACUUUGUCUUUCUGAGGAACAAACAGUCAGCAGGGUAGUAAGACGGCCAAGGUUUGGAGCUGGAAACCAGGCCAUGGGUAUGGUAACAGAGCCUUACAAAUUGACACGUCGUUGUGAGGUGACAGCGAUUCUUAUUUUGUUUGGCCUCCCAAGGUUGCUUACUGGGUCAAUCCUGGCUCAUGAGAUGAUGCAUGCAUGGAUGCGACUUAAAGGUUUCCAACAUCUCAGUCAAGAUGUUGAAGAGGGCAUUUGUCAGGUGCUUGCAUACAUGUGGUUAGAGUCACAGCUCCGAACUGGUUCUGGCAGCAAUGUUGCUUCAUCCUCUGCUUCUCGAGCUUCAAAACGGGGUGCAAGAUCUCCAUUUGAGAGGAAGCUGGGGGAAUUUUUUAAACAUCAGAUUGAAUCAGACACUUCCCCUGUAUAUGGAGAUGGAUUCAGAAUAGGCCACCGAGCAGUGCAAAAAUAUGGCCUUCAAAGGACACUUGACCAUAUUCGAAUGACAGGGACAUUUCCAUAUUGAACUCCUGAAUCUUGAAUUCUUACCAUGCUUUUCUUUAACACAGUUAAAAGCUUUGGCCUUUUCCUAUACGACCCCAAGGCCAAACCACACUGCACAUAGGAAUUGUUUUCUAGAGUAGUUUUUAGCAGUCCUGAUAUGUUUUUCGUCCCAUGGGUAUGAUUCCAUUGAAUAGCCUUUUUUGAUGAAGUUAUUAUUUAAUGAGAAAUAGUCAUUCGUUGAUUUAAGUUUCGUGUCUCGCUCAAUUCUGAUACAUAAGCUCAUUUCAUUAACAUCGGGUAUAUGUGCUCAUUACGUCUCAUCUUUUAGAGCAAUCCUUGUUGUUGCUGAUACAAUUCUAGAUUGUUUAACGGAAACAAUGUAUAAAUUCUUUUAUUAAAGAAGUCUACUUUAUUUA